CAGAGGCGCCAGGCUGUGUGGUGUGCAGCUUCCAGCAGCGACGCUGUUGCUGUGUCUCCUAUGGUGCUGCUAUAGCGUGGAGGCACAGCACAACUACCCCGAAGAGUUUGCUACUGACUUCUGGCAACCAUCCAGCUGUGGUGUUACCCUGCAACUCUCGUCAGUGCUACAACAGCUGUUGUAGCAAGCUUGCUCCGUGAGUGAAUGUAGUUUCGCCAAAGUCUCCCCAUCAGCUGAUGAUUAUUGCUGAAAUUCAUGAUGGAUGUUACACCUAGGAAGCAUGCAAGUAUUGUAGCUCUUAGAAAACAUGGUGAUUUGAGUGUCACACAGAUCGUCGAAAAUGUGAGACUAGCAAAGUCACCUGCUGGCCGGAUUCUGAAAACAGCUGGCGACACUGGUGACUGUGAAGAGCUACGUCGAGGAAGAUGACAAGGUUAUCACAAGAAAUAGUGUGAAGGAUCCCAAGAAAACCAGCAACGAUCUAAAGAGAGAUUUGGCUUCAGUAGGUGUAAAUAUUGAUUCUUCAGUUGUUCGACGAAGGCUCCUUGAAGCAGGCAAAACUGCCAGAAAGACGGUAACGAAACAACUAUUGACUGCUGCUAUGAAGAAAAAACUACUGAGGUGGGCACUCGAUCAUAAGGGAUGGACGAUAGAUGAAUGGAGAAGAGUUAUAUUUUCAGCUGUGAAACAUUUCAGUGUUAGUGAGACGAAGCAAAGGCGAACCUCUUCGGAAUGGACACAUUCAACAAAAUCCAAAACACCCACCUAGAAUGUUUUGAGGUAGUUUUAUUGCUAAAGGUCCUGGACGGCCUGUUAAUGUUGAGGGAACGAUGAACAGUGACAAAUACAAUCCUGGCAACUCAUUUGCUUCCCACUGUGAUGGAGAAGCAAAUGAGAAAGCAUCUUCCAGCAGGAUCUUGCUCCAUGCCACACUUCCAGAAAAAUGGUGACAUUCGUCUAAGAGAGUAGGCUAAGCGUUCUAAACUGGAUUGGAAACUCUACUGACCCCAACCCAACUAAGAAUCUAUCGACAAUAACCAAACGCAGGAUCGCGAAACGAGAUUGUUCAACUGUGGAGAAGCUAAUUGCUACUGUUAUUAGGACCUGGUACUACGACGAAGAACUUGCCAAAUUAUGUUCAACACUGGUCGCUUCUAUGCCAAGGUCCAUCGCAUGGUGGUGGAGCGGCUGCAGCUGCAGGCUGGGUCUCGGGGUGGUAGGUGGGGCGAGUGGUCUGCCUGGACUCCCUGUUCUCGCUCCUGUGGUGGUGGUGUCUCCAUACAGUCCCGGGAGUGUCUUAUGGAACCCAGGCAGGGGAGUCUGAGAAGCAGAAGCAGACGGCGGGCGUCGAGAGAGACUGGUGGCAGCCGUUGUGUAGGACUCUACAAGCGCUUCCAACUGUGUAACACUCAGGUGUGUGGCCCCGGGUACUCAGACUACAGGAGGGAACAGUGUGCAUCUUUCAACAAAACACCCUUCAACCGUCGUUUCUACACCUGGGAGCCUUACUACGACACGCCUGACUCCUGCGCCCUCAACUGCCGCGCUGUGGGCCUUAGUUUCUAUGCGACUCUCAACCAGACUGUGAUUGAUGGAACUCCCUGCGGUGUCCUCGACUCUAAGCGCAUAUGUGUUGCAGGCAGGUGCAUGUCUGUGGGCUGCGAUGGUGUACUGGGGUCGGGCCUGCGGCUAGACUCCUGCGGUCAUUGUGGAGGAGACAACAGCAGCUGCAGGGUGAUUGCUGGAAUCUUCUCCCGAGCCAAGAUGCCUUAUGGCUACAACCUGAUCGCUACGCUACCUCGAGGUGCAGCCAACAUCACCAUACAGCACGUCAAACCCUCCACAAAUUACCUCGCUCUGCGUCACCAGGGAGGCGAAUUCUUUGUCAACGGAAACUGGGCAGUGAAUGCGUCAGGGAACUACCACUCUGACGGCACCACCUUCACCUACCAGCGACCUGAACACUUCCAGGGUGACAAGGUUACUGCUGCGGGGCCCCUCCACCAACCUGUCGAUGUUAUGCUGUUCUACCAGGCUAACAACCCGGGCAUCAAAUACGAGUACAGGCUUCCCAUGUCUCCGACGUCGACGCGGACGUCUGGUGGCGGGACGCAGAGGUCAUCACAGAGACGCAGACGCCCAGAUAACCCACUGAACCCACUAGUCCCUGGAGGACCAGCUUCUAGGACCCCGCCCUCGGGACCUGUGAAUGACGCUCGCUCUAUCAACGGGAACGGCAACUCUGUACUCUCCUCCCAAAGGUGGAAAGAGGAGGAAGAAGAGAAAAAAAAGAAAAAGAAAGAAAGGAGGGAAAAGAAAACCGGCAGAAAGAAUGUUGGUGGAGUGAAGAAGAGAAGGGCGAGAUAUGAAUGGAAGGUGGUAGGCUUCAGCAGCUGUUCAGAAACCUGUGGCGGAGGCACUCAGACGACAAGGGUGGCAUGUGUGAAAAGCAAGAGAGGGAACGAGGUCCCCUACAGUCACUGUGGUGACCUGCCCAGACCAGCCGAGGAGACUGUGCGCUGUAACCUGCGACCUUGUCCGGCUACGUGGGAGGCGGAGGCGUGGGGUCCGUGCAGCGUGACAUGCGGGCUGGGCGUACAGAUCCGUAAUCUAACGUGCAAGAUGCGUGUCUCUCCUGAUCACUCCGUCAGCCAGCCAGAAGGAGUCUGUCUCACGCCUCCAGAUAUGCCCAAGGCACAGGUUUGCGAACUGGCAGCCUGCGAUUCUGCGCCUGUUUGGCAGACGGGAGAAUGGGGUCAGUGUUCUGCACAGUGUGGGUUGGGCACUCGACACCGCUCCGUCAGCUGCGUCACCGCCCAGGGCACUGUCCAGGGACAUCUCUGUGACCCCAGGGAGAAACCCAGCAACCAGGAGUUGUGUGACAUGGGAUCCUGUGCUACGGACACCUGGUUCUUCUCCGCCUGGGAGGACCACUGUUCUGAGGAGUGUGGUGAUGGUGUCCAGCGUCGUCGAGUUCACUGCUCGGGAGACGCUCUUGACAACCAAGUGACAGAGACGUCUUGUGACUCCGAGCAGCGACCUGCCACCACGAGGGCUUGCACCUCAGACCGUGGUUGCGGCGGCAAGUGGUUCACAG